GCUGUGACUGCACCCUGUUGCCCUUCCCUCUCUCCCAUUCACAUCUAAAGCUGAGCAACAACAGACUCAUUCACUGACUCAAAAACAGCCAUAGAGCAAGAAUGGACAAAGUAGAGUUCAACGGGGAAGUGAUGGAUAUUAAAGACCAGGCUUCCAGACACUUGUCCCCGGAAACAAUCAAGAGGCUGAUCCACCAGUCGCAGGAGGCAAAGAAACAAGCCUACUGUCCGUACAGCAAAUUCAGAGUGGGAGCUGCUCUGCUGACGCUCGACAACCGCGUGUUUACAGGUUGCAAUGUGGAGAAUGCAUGCUACAAUUUGGGGAUGUGUGCAGAGAGGAACGCAAUAUCUAAGGCGGUGUCGGAAGGCUACAGAUCGUUCAAGGCUAUCGCAAUCGCCAGUGACCUGAACGACCAGUUCAUCUCCCCCUGUGGUGGCUGCAGGCAGUUCAUGAGAGAGUUUGGCUCCAGAUGGGAUGUGUACCUGUCAAAGCCGGACAGCUCGUGCCUGAAGAUGACUGUGGACGAGCUGCUGCCCGUGUCCUUCGGCCCCGAGGACCUGUCCAUGAAGAAAGUCUUUGACAUUCCUAACGAAUACUGAGCCUGUAUGUUAGUUUAAAAAAAUGACAACAUGUUUUUGGUUUUUGAAUGGUCAUGGUGUGUGCUGCAUUUAAUACUCAUGCAUAACAUAUGUUCAUGUAAGGCAGUAUAGUUAUAUUUAUGGUCAAUAUUUUAUUUCUUCUACUAUCUAAUUUUAAACAUUGUGAACAUAUUUAAAUUAACUCUACGUUUGCUGUAGCUGGACAAUUCACUGAGCCUUAAUUGUACCUACAUUAACAUAUUGAGUGCUGUAUUGUUAUAGAAAAAAAAAUAUUCAAAAAUAAAAGUAAAUGACAAAUAGCAAAGCAGGUCAAACUCAUCCACAUAUUUUAAUAAAUAAACUUUUUAAAAGGA